UUCUCUAUUUUUCUUUGGAUUAAAUCCUCAUCAUGUUUAAUUUAAAGAGUGUGCUUUAUUAAUGCUUUGUGCUGUUUUUGUUUUCUAAGAAGGGUUAUUCUUGUGAUCUGCCUGGAGACAUUUUCACUAACGAUUGAUCUUCGACCUUCGACUAAAGUUCGACCUUCCACACCUACAGAGAUGUCAGAGAUCUGCUACAGUCCAGAUGAUCCAGAGAUCCGGAUUCUUCUGAUUGGCAGAUAUGGUUCUGGCCAAAGCUCAUCUGGGAACACUAUACUGGGAGAAAAGAGGUUUAAAGUUAAGAGGCAUGAAACUGAAAUUUGUGAGGAUAUAACACAGAUUGGAGAAAAGCGGGUGUAUGUGAUUAAUUCUCCAGAUCUACUGGAUCCAGAUCUGUCUGAAGAGAAGCUGGAGGAGCUGAAAGAGCAGCUGGUCUCUCGCUGUUCAGCAGGUCUCAGUGCAGUUCUGCUCACCGUUCCUCUAGAGCAACCUGUGCAAAAUGAGGAAGAGAUCCUGGAUUAUAUUAAAGAUUUACUUGGUCCUAAUGUUCAGAAAUACAUGAUGGUCCUUUUCACUCGUGGAGAUGAACUGGAUGAUCUGGAUGAACCACAGACAAUUGAGGAAUAUCUACAAAGCAAAGACCAUGCAGAUCUCCAGCGACUGGUGACUGAAUGUGGAGGAAAGUUUCACUGUUUCAAUAACAAGAAGCAUGUAGAAGGUCAAGUCGAAAAAUUACUACAGAAAAUUGAAGAAAUUAUGAUGAAGAACAGAGGGAAAUUUACCAUGGAACAAAUGAAAAGGAGUGGCAGCAAAAGAGGUCCACGUGUCAAUUUUUCAGAAGAGUCUCCAGCAAAAAGUCCAGAUGAGAUUCAACAGAUCACUGAGACUGAGAGGAAAGACCAGAUCAGGCUGGUUCUUCUGGGAAAAACUGGAUGUGGGAAAAGUGCCACUGGAAACACUAUCAUCGGCAGAAAAGUGUUUGAUUCUUCAGCCGCUUCAAACUCUCAGACCAAACAGUGUCAGUCAGAAAUUACAGUGAGGAUGGGUAAAGAAAUAUCAGUGAUUGACACUCCUGGACUUUAUGAUACUGAACUCAGUAAAGGACAGGUUCAAAGAGAAAUAGUGAAAUGUGUAACAUUCACCUCUCCUGGACCACAUGCUUUUAUUAUCAUCAUUAGAGUGGGUCGAUUCACCGAGGAGGAGAAAAAUACAGUGCAACAUCUCAAAGAAGUGUUUGGAGAACAGAUAUUAAAAUAUACCAUGAUCCUCUUCACUUACAAAGAUCAGUUAGAGAAGCAAAAUGAAACCAUUGAGCAGUAUCUGCAGAGAGGUGAUCCAGAUCUUAAAGAACUUGUACAGAGCUGUGGAAACCGAUUCUUCUGUCUGGACAAUGAGUCUGCUGGUUUCCCACAGUUCAAAGAUCUGAUCAGUAAAAUAGAGACCAUGAUGGAAGAAAAUGGAGGGACGCACUUUUCAAGUGACAUGUUUGAUGAAACAGAGAAAUGCAUUCAGGAGAUUCAGAAGCAGAAACUGGAUGAGAAAGUGAAGCAGCACAAACAGCAGAAGAAACGGCUCACUAAAACAGAAUGGAGGAAAAUAUACUGGAGUUUAGUUGAGGAGUCACGACAGGAAGCAGAGCAAUCAUUUUCUGAUAUAAAUCUGCACUUCCUGGGAAGCAGCCUAACGAUGACCAGUGAGGAAGGAGCGAGUGCCACAAAAGAAGCUGAGCACAAAGCAACCGGUCUUUUUAGGGCAGUUAUACUUGCAUUCAGAGAGAGGCUGUGUGUGAUUCAGUGAAAAACCACAAUGAUCAGACACGAGUCAUUAUUCAGCUCAAUUCAAUUCAAGUUUUGUUCUCAUCUGACAGUGUCACUGCAGUCAAAUCAAUGAUAUUGCUGAAUAUUAAAGGGAUAGUUCACCCAAAAAUGAAAAGUGAUGUUUAUCUGCUUACCCCCAGG